GUGCUGCAGCCUCCGUGAGUCAUGGGUGGAAAAGAGGGAGGAAGAUUUGGGGUGAAAUAUUGCUGUUAAAUGAGUCCGGACAGCAUGACAUCACCGGCCAAUUAAAAGCGCUUUCUGGAAUUCCGCUCCCAAUUCCUGCGCUCUCAGGUUUGCUGGAGGAUUUCUGGAGCACCUGCAGGUUGGUUGGUGUGUGUGAAAUAUUUUCACUGGACGGAGUUCAAACUUUUGGAGGAGAGGAGAAAAAACGGAGGCAGCGGCAUUACGCCAUUCUUGCCUCUCAUGGAAGAAAAAAAAGUGGGAUUUAAAGAAGUUUCUUCCAGAUAUCCAGCAGAACAGCUCGGUGCAGUUAAACUGGACUCUGCAGGAUCUCCUCAGCGUUACGAUUCCACCACUUGACACAUGGAAGAAUAAAGUUUGCAGGAAUUUUGCAGGAUUUGUUUCAUUUGCAUCUUUUCUCUACAUGUUUUGUUGGCGAUUUUCUCUGUUUCUGAGCAGAGUAGAACUUUUUUUUCCUGCAGAUCUGAGGAUGAAACCCUUCACAGGACUUCUGUUUUCAGCCAAACAGCGCAGUUCUUUCUAAACAGACUUUCUGCUUUACUACAAUGACGGUGUGCCAGCGGGCAUCAGGGCUUUAGGAUGAACGUUGUGACGCGUCUCUCGCUGCUGCUCAGUUGCUGGACUCUCGUUUACCUGCAUCCUGUCCGCGGCUCUCUCAGCCGGACCAGACCCACGGAACACCGACUGGGGGAGGCGGUGGAGCGCACAGGAGGAGCCCACCGUGGGAUCGCGGCGUCCAGGCACGCCGCAGCCAGGCAGCCGGUGCUCGCCGCCGGGAGCUGGAUACCUGCGCCGCGGACCCGCGCAGGACCGCCGCUGAUUAAAGGUGAAGCCACCCCGACGAGAAGCAAGCAGGCUGCGGGGACCUCUGCGUCUUCAGCGGCGGCGGGGAAAGGUGAACAUCCGCCGGAGAAGGACGGAGCGCUGGACCUGGGGCGCAAAGCGGCGCUGCGCUCCUGGCUUCCCGCAGCCGGUAACGCACAGCCGGCAGGCGCAGCUGGAGGGGGAAGCGCACCGGGGAAAGCUGCGGGGAAGGUGGCCGCCAGAGCGAGCGCAGCGGCUGCGGCGGCGCGCAGCGGCUUCCCUCCCGCCGCGCCGCAGCGCGGAGUGACCAACAGGAGGCAGAAACCAGGCGACAAGCAGCCGCUGGUGACUCCUCACGACUACAUGCUGUCCCUGUACUGGUCCCUGAGCAGCGGCGAGCUGAACGGCAGCGCGCUGCAUGAGGCCGGCCUGGCCAACACCAUCACCAGCUUCGUGGAUAAAGGACACGAUGACCGAGGGCCCGUGUUGCGACGUCAGAGGUAUCAGUUCAACAUCAGCUCCCUGGAACGAGACGGGCUCCUGGGGGCCGAGCUCCGCGUCCUGAGGAAGCAUGUGUCUGAGCCCCGCUCUGCUGCAGAGGAAAGAGGCGGAGGCUCCAACCCGCUGCUGAGACUCUACACCUGCGCUUCAGGCAAACACAAAGCUGCUCUGCUCCAGACCAGGACUACGGAGGAUCUCCUCAGCGCAUUCAGCAACAGAUGGGAGGUCUUUGACAUAAACAAGGUCUUCAAGGGACUGAGAAGCCAGCAGGAGCAGCGCUCCCAGCAGCUGUGCUUUGAGCUGGAGGCCCUGGAGCACCGAGGAGGCCGUCCGCUGGACCUCAGGACUCUGGGCUUCUCGCGGCUCGGCCGGACCAACAAAGAGAAAGCUUUCCUCCUGGCGUUCGGGAAGAGCAAGAAGCGCGACCUCUUCUACAAUGAGAUCAAAGCGCGUUCGGGCCACGACAACAAAACCGUCUACGAGUAUCUGUUCAACCAGCGGCGCAUGAGGCGGGCUCCUCCACCCAGAGGCUCCAAGAAGACCCUCCGCCCCCCCGCGCAGAACUUCCCUCAACCCCAGGCGACCAAGACGAAGCCGCGCUGCCACCGGCGGCGGCUCCACGUCAACUUCAAGGAGAUGGGCUGGGAUGACUGGAUCAUCGCGCCGCUGGAGUACGACGCCUACCACUGCGACGGCGCCUGCGACUUCCCCAUCCGCUCACACCUGGAGCCCACCAACCACGCCAUCAUCCAGACCCUCAUCAACUCCAUGGACCCGGAGGCGACGCCGCCGACCUGCUGCGUGCCGACACGCCUCAGCCCCAUCAGCAUCCUCUACAUCGACUCGGCCAACAACGUCGUCUACAAGCAGUACGAGGAGAUGGUGGUGGAGUCGUGCGGGUGCAGGUAGCAGACCCGGCGAAGACUCGUCUGCUCCUCCUUUUUCUGAAAUCUGAAAGAAAAAUCUUCACGGAGCGGAGGAGCCGUUAUUUCACGCGCCACAGACACGAGUCUCCACCCGAGCGAGCUUUCACGCUGCAUACCAAAGGCUGCAAAGACUAAACACAGGAAGACAAACUGAUGGAGAUUGUGCUCUUAAACACAGACUCACUUAAGAUGUUGUCAGGAUGUGUCUGAGAGACAAAAACAAAAACAGGCCCGGGCAGAAAAAAAGCCGCUGUCCUCAGAUCCGUAUCUGCGCCAUGAUUGGUGGAAAAGGCUCCGCAGAAACAUUAAGGGAAUUAUACUCAGAACUGCCCCCUUUUUCCAGCACUUAUCUGAUGGAGUCAUUUGUAUUCCUUGACCAAGACGUCGUUAUUUUUCUGUAAAGCAUGUGAAGAAUCCCUGAUGUAUAAAUACCAGCCAGUGAUGAAGAGCUAAUCUGACCUGCUGCAAAUGUGGGAAAGUUGUUUAGACUAGUCUUCAAUAAAAAAUUCCUGACUGACUGAGCUCCGCACUCCUCUCCAUACAACCCCCCCCCCCCCAGAAAUGAUCUGCAGACUAAACUAUUAAAGGAAUCUGAGUUUCAGAAGCCAAAAUUACACUUUAACACAAGAAUGCCUUUUUUUAUUUAUAACACCGUGUUUCACUGGGAUCUAACAAAUUCCUGUAGUUUCUGGUUAAAGGUGCUUUGCUUUUAAUCUGCAUAAUUAACAUUCCCUAAAAGUUAAAAUAAAGCAGCACUGUAAAACUGAAAUGAAUAAAAUCUAAUUUGAAAAUGA